AUGCAAGGGAAUCAGCAACGGCGUCGGUCUAGUCACAAGGAAAGCAUCAAGGACGAUUUAGUAAAUGAACGGGAUGUUUUUGGAAAUACACCGUUGAUGGUCGCAGUGGUUGAGAUUGCUUCCAACUGUGUCAGUUCUGAUAGUUUAACUAUCCCGGAUUACGAAUCAAAGCGAGCAUCGAUAUUGGCACUUGCAGAGUCUCGCAAACUCAAUAUUAAUCUGCAAGAUUUGGAGUCUGGAUAUACUGUUCUACACAAGCUUCGACCUGAUGCAAAUCUCGGCAUUAAAGACAAGGAGGGUUGCACAUGUUUAGACCUUUUGAAUAUUACAAUGAAACAGCCUAGACUGUUUGCAGAUCUAGAUUCACCUAGUGGGUAUCUGCAUCAGAUUAACAAAGAAAAUCAAACUGGACCAUAUUUGCAUCACAACGGAUCUACAGCUACAUACGCGGUUGAAGAUACUACUAGCCAUGAUUCAGAUGGCGUUGAUACAUUUCUUGAUGAUCAGUCAUUUCCAAAUAGCAGCACUUUGUUAAACCCAGCAACCUCGGUUUGGAGUUGGGGCUCAAAUAAGAAUUUUACUUUAGGAUUUCCAAAUACCCAAGAUCGAGCAAUCCCUGAACAAAUAGAUCUUGUACAUUCUCUUCACACAACUGGAAAUGUGCCUGUAUCCUAUGCUACGUUAUCAGAGUAUGAUUCACAGGUUGAGCAAGUGGUCAUGUCGAAAUAUCACGUUUGUAUUCGUACCAAGGAUCGAUUGUAUACACACGGGUUUGGAGGUGGUGGAAGACUCGGACUUGGUCAUGAGGAAACCACGAUGCGUCCGACAGAAGUAACUGAAUUGACAAACAACAUUGGGUUUGUAGCUGCAGGUCCUGAUCAUACUAUUGCCAUUACCUUGAAUGGUGAUGUGUGGACUUGGGGCAGUAACAAAUAUGCUCAGCUAGGCUACUAUAGUGAAGCAUCUGGUGACAGUUUACCACGUGAAUGUCAUCCUCAGAUGGUCCAGCUUAAAAAAACAGUAUGUGUUGGUGGAGCUGGAUCAAAGUAUCACUCGGUUGUAUAUACUACUUCAGGUGUGAUUUACACUUGGGGAACAAACAAUGGCCAACUCGGUUAUCAACAGCCAGUGCAAGUUGUGCCAAGAAAAGUGACUUCGUUUCCUGUUCAAAUGAUCUUAUCUGUUGCUUCAACCAAUUGCUCUACAGCUGUGUUGGUGGGGAGUUUUGAUGUCUAUGUUUUUGCAGAAAACAAGAUUUCCAAGGUUGUUUUUCCAUUUUCUAAACCGCUCAAAUCGUUCACUCGCCCGCAAUCUUCAAAUGCUUCUUUAUUGAUGUCAGGAUCACGACCUUCUCAGCCUGCAAAGCACGGUUCUGGAUCAUCCCAUACGGGUUCUCGCUCUGUUGUUAAAAUUGUGUCUGGAAACCAUCAAUAUGCUGCACUCAUGUCAACAGGCGAUGUGUACAUGUGGUCACCGCCUGAAUCUCGGUUUCAAGACUCUUGGCAGCAAGUCAAUUUUCCACAACAGCGUCCAAAACUGGUUUGGUCUGUGCGAAAAAAGUUUAUGGCUGCUCAUGAUGUAGAUAUUGGAGUUGACUCGAGUAUUAUUAUUGGUACGAUUUCUGGACAUGUAUUUGUUGGAACCCGUCGUGUGCAGGCUCAAUCUACUCAACCGUUGGCAUCUAGUGAACGAUCCGUUUAUGUUAGUCCAGCUGUUGCGGCUGCCAAGAUGCUAAAUGAAUCAUCAGUGCCUGGAGCUUCUAGUUCUGGAAUUGCAUCAACCUUGUCGUUGGCUUCGUAUUUUUCUCAAGGUGGACUAUCAUCUAUGCACCCAAAGGACUCCAACGUGUUUUUCAAGUACACCAUGAUUCCAAAUCUGCAGCACAUUGUCAUGGUUGUGGCUAGCUCUGGCGGUGCGUUUGCUGCAGUAAGAUCUGACUGCAGGCCAUCCCUACCACCACUUCCUGACAACCAGUUAUCUAGUGAUUUAUAUCGAGCUCUAUAUCCGUUACCAUUGCAUCUUGAGCAGUUUCAACAGCAGCUAACCAUUGACCAUUACAAGAGUUUGGAAACCCCUAGUUCAGAUCAAUCGGCCAACUUUCCAGUUGAUGCAGCUAUUUCUCAUAUUGAAGCUCCGCUGUUUCCCGUUUUUGAACCACCUGAAAUAUUUCCCAACUCAUCAUUUGAUAUUGAAUUUGAAUUUGAAGGAUGUGUAAAACUAUACGCCCAUCGAGCAAUACUUGCAGCACGCAGUCCUGUAUUUUGGUCUGCAUUAUCAUCCAUAAACUGUGCAGACUCGCCAACUGAAUACAUUGCCAAAUCUCCAAAAAAAUCAAAAUCUCCGGAAACUAGACAUAUUGGUUAUGCAAGUAGUCUCAAGUCGUUGCUUGAUACGAUGACGUUUCCAGAAAAAGAUGUGCCGCUUGUGCGAUUUAGGUUUCCCCAUAUACACUCUGCAAGCGGGAAAUCAUUUUUAUAUUUUGUAUACACUGGCUGCAUAUAUACUGAAUUUUUAUUGAGCGAUUCCGUAUUUACAUCUGAAAAUGAUUUCAAUGAUCAAAGUUUUGGUUCCACCGACAAACAGAAUAACCACAGAAACUCAAACCUGUUUAAUCGUGCUCAAAUAGAAUUUACCAAACUGGCACGUUGUUUUGAACUAGAUGAAACCGAGAUUCUUUAUGCUAACAUCAAAGCAGGACUAAAUCCUGUAUCUCCGACUCUUGCUCCAAUUACACUCUUGCCGCGUGCCAAGUCUGAUCGUAUAUGUUACACCAAUGAAAGGUUCCAGAAAUCUAUUUCAGCGCUUUAUCAUCGUCAUCGAGAUCGAUUCACUGACGUUGUAAUACACUUGGCAGAUAAUCAUAGAAUAGAGGCUCAUUCUGUUAUUUUAUCUGCCCGCAGUACGUUUUUUAAUGCAAUUGUUGGCCCUGGUUCUCUGUGGAAUUGCCAUGCUGAAACAGAUUCAUGUGCACCGCUUUUAAAAAAGCAAAACAUUGACUUGACACACAUCUCGCAUGCAGUAUUUCUCGUGGUUAUAGAAUGGAUUUACACAAAUGCAGAUGCAAGUACGCUAUUUGAAUCUUUAAACCACUCGAAUCCAGCAGAAUUCAUCGAGUUUGUAACAAGCGUGAUGGCUGCAGCAGAUGAACUUUUACUUUCUGAUUCAACCUACCUCAAAGAUUGCUGCAGUGAUAUUUUAGUCCACUUGCUGGACAUCAAAACUGCAGUCAGUUUUCUUAAAAUAGCCGAUCGAUAUUCCUCAGCUCGACUCAAAAACAUAUGUCUUGAUUUUAUUUGCUGGAAUUUGGAAACAUUCUUGGAAUGCAGUCGUUGGUUCAGGGAUUUGGACGAGUUUAUGAUAUUUGGUAUUGAAUCGAGGCUGAGGGUUUUGCAAACACAAAAGUCGCCGUGCAUGCGUGGGUCUGAUGGGUUUUAUGCUCAACUGAGAGCGAGAACAAUCAAGGCUCAAGAAGCUUCAAAUGAAAAGAAGCAGGCCGUUUAUGAGAUUCGAAAACAAGCUGGACUGAACCAUAAUACUAUCAACGAGUCUGCAACUAGCGUUGGUACUACUGAUUUACCGUUUAUUUAUGCUUCAAGUAAUGUAGAUUAUGGCUUACUUAAAGAGAAUGUCAUUUCUUCGAGUAGUUUUGGAAGUAGAUGCGCAAUUGGAAGUCAAAGCACCAUAAAUAGUGGGUUUAGUGCAUCAAGUACAUAUGGAUCCGCGUCUUGUCCUGGUUCGAGUUUAAAGCCUGUUUGUAGAUUCUCCAAAACACAAAACGCAUCCAUCACUUCGCCAUUACUGAGCGCUGUUAGUCCUAGUUUAUCAGCAAUAUCUCCUGGCGAAUCUGGUACUGUGGGUGAUCAUCUUGAUGAGCAAGUGUUUCAACUAGAACUAGAUACUGAUUUACCUGAUCAGCAAGAAACCGUCUCAAAGAGUCGUGCAAAUGACAAAUUACCUCUUGUAGCGACAUCGCGUCACAGAAAGCAUGGUACAUCUAGCCAAGCCGAUCCAAACACUUCAACCUAUUCAAGUGUAAAAAGUAAAAAAUCGACAUUUGUCAAGUUGGAUGUGUUUGAAGCAUCUUCAGACUCGUCCAAGACAACCGGAGCUUUUCCUGCUGGUAGCUCUUUGCCAGAAACUACACCUGUUUUAAAGGGCUGGUCUCCUGUGAUGCAGCCAGUUAAUACCGGACCAAAGAUGUCUUUGCGAGAAAUCAUGGACGAGACUCGUAAAUCCGAGACUGGUUCUGGUUCUGGACCAAGUUUAUCCAUUCCAAGUCCGGUUAAACUUGGUCCAAGUGUAUCAUUUUUAAUUCCACCAUCGCCAUCUUCUUUGAAACCUAUAGCAAGAUCCAUUGAAAAUGCACCUCAUUCUCCAUUCAACCUUGGUGAGCCAAUGGAACCGUUAAAACUUGUCAAAUCUAAACCUAGUCAGAAACAGCGCAAAAAGGAAGCUGCCAAGUUGGCGGCUCAAACCAAUAUAGUAGAGCUUCUGCCAUCAUCCUCGCCUGCAUGGAAAACUAUUCCUAUUUGUGCAGAUGUAUUGACCAACAGUCUAUCUGAUACUCGUGAUUUAGAUGUUGAGUCGAUCAAUUAUGCAACUUCAUCGAGUUUAGGCUCGGUAACACCUUGGCCGAAUACAGGGAAAUCUGUCCCAACCAAAUUUUCAACAUCAGCUUCAUCUGUGGUAUUUACACCCGUUGUGAAAUCUACCCGAAAACACUCUGGAUCAAUUGCUAAAACACAGCAAGGUCCCACUACUGAUUCAUGCAAUCAGCCACGUCAACAGCAACAGAAACCACUUUGGCCGGUACAAUCUUUUGCAGAUAUACAAAAUGAGCAGGUCGUGGAAGCUCAAACGCUUGCACGUACACUUCAAAAAUCACUACUUCGUAUCCAGAUGGAAGAGGAAGCUGUUCGGGCUUUGACGGAAUACUAUACCAUGACGCAAGCCAAUGGAACUGGCGAGUGGUUUCACAUUCGUCGAGGCUUGUGA